GCGGCCCCCCCCCGGGGCCCGCGAGGGCGAGGCCGGCGCCGCGGCCCGGCUCACUCGGCGCAUGGAGCCGCCGGGGGAGGGCGGCGACAUGGCGGCGGCGCUGCGGGCCGCUAAGCGGGCGCUGCGAGAGGAGCUGCGGCAGCGGCUGCGGGCGCUGGGCGCGGCGGAGAAGCAGCGCCAGUCCCGCCUGCUGAGUCGCAAGGUGAUUAGCCAUCCCAAGUACCAAGAAUCCAAAAGAAUUGCAAUCUUCCUGAGCAUGCCAGAUGAAAUCCAGACAGAAGAAAUCAUUAAGGACAUUUUUAAGGAAGGCAAAGAGUGUUUCAUCCCACGUUACAAGCCUCACAGCAAUCACAUGGACAUGCUGAAGUUAUCAUCAGCUGAAGACAUUUCUUCACUUACUUUGACAUCCUGGAAUAUUCUUCAGCCUAGUGAUGAUGACAGUGCAAGAGAGGAGGCUCUUGCUGGUGGAGGUCUUGACCUUAUCUUCAUGCCAGGCCUUGGGUUUGACAAAAAAGGCAACAGAUUGGGAAGAGGGAAAGGGUAUUAUGAUACCUAUCUUGAAAGAUGUAUGAAACAUCCCAGGGGAAAGCCUUACACAAUUGCCUUGGCUUUUAGGGAACAGAUUUGUGAAUCAGUGCCUGUGGCAGAAAAUGAUGUCCAAAUAGAUGAAAUCCUUUAUGAAGACUGCUGAAAGUAUCUUGAUACCAACCCACCUUCAAAGUGACCAACCAAAGACAUCAGAUCCAUCAAUCAUGACUUUUUGGUAGUCAUACAUGACUUUGGGAGCAAUAAAAUACACUAUUUGUGUUUGAACAAAAAAACCCAAACAGUGUAAAUGUGGUAAUAGUAGUGAGGAUUGCAUUGAUUUGCUUUUAAUUAGCAAAUAGCUGGUGUGAAUUCUUAUUCUAGAAUCGAUAGAAACAAGAAUGUGUGACUUCAUUAUGGUAAGGACCAUUUCUUCUCAUUGUACUUUUGAGGAACAAGCUACUUGAUUCUUAACAGUUUUACUAAGAGUGAACUGUGUACUAAUGACAGUUCUUGAUCCAUUCUGGAAUUAGAUACUUGUUAUGGUGAAAGUUCUUAGUACUUAAAUAUUAUGUGCAUCCAUGAGCAAAACAAGAAACUACCAGAUAAGUCCUAUAGUAACUGGGCAAAAAAUGGUGAUUGGAAAAAAGCCUUAAUGGAUUUUCGUGUAUACAAUAAUUUUGACUGUUUACUUGGCUCCUUGAAGUUGUCUUAAAAUAAAGGGAGUAUCUGUUAAUAAAAAAAGGUUCAUGUCCAUAGCUUUGGUGUACGGUUCUUUCCUUUAUCUGAAUACAAGAUUGUAAUGUAGUCUAAAAUGCGGUCAGUGAGUUCCCCAUCUGGAGGAAGACAGCUCUUUUUUUGUAAAAUAAUAUUAAAAAUUACUUUAAGUUCUAUAAUCUUGUACAUGGGUCAUUCACAAUGUCAAAAAAUAUUGUGUGAUGCAUGAGUCCUAUGUUAAAGGAUAAAGAGAUGCUAAGAAUUGCAGAGAGCAGGUUUUACGGAUUGAGUAAGUUUUUGGAUGGAAGGUUGUUUGUUCUCCAGUUCUCCAGACCAUCCUGGAAAUCAGGAAGAAGAUAGUGAGUCUACCUCUGAAAAAACUCACUAUCUGGAGAUAGUGAGUUUUCCUCUGCACGCUGUCCUCAUCAUAAUAGGACACAAUAUUUCCAGUCAGGAUCAAUCAAACUGUCAAAAUUCUGUGUUCUUUCUUCAGUGCAACUUCACUUUUUCUGUAAAUGUUUAACUCCUCCUUUAAUCAAUAAAUCAGUGCAUUUAUUUUCA